AUCACCACAUUUCUUAUUCGAUACACGAGAAGCUUGGUGGAUUGCAUCUGCAUACUUAUUAUGUACUAUGUGCACUGAGAAUUCUGGACUUGAGGUGAUAUGAUAAUGCACAAUAUUUAACUACACACCCAUGCAUGGAUUUUAUUGACAUUCUGAAAAUUGAGAUUACCGUUCCUAUCUAUAAAAAUAAGUACACACCGUCUAAUUUGUCCAUCCACGUAUUUAUUUGAUCCUACUUUACUUAUCUUAAACGUUAUUAAAAUUUUAUUAUCAGACCGACAAUAAACCCAAAUAUUAACCAAGCAUACAAGGUAUGCUGAAGCCGCAUUAUUUAAGCCAACAAUAAAAUGUUGUAACCGCAGCAUGUUGCUUAUUUGCUUCCGGCAACCUGAUGAAAUUUGAAACGUGAUUGCAUGAAAUUGGCUACUGCGGGUAUGCACUUACAUACAUGUAAGUAGUAGGAAAAUAUUUAGCAGAAACCGAAUUCGGGUCAUGCAGCCUGGUCUAGUGUCUCCUUCGAGUUACGAGUUGCACCUGCACGUUGCAUCAUUUCAUUCAACAACUGCACAACGAAGCAUGCCGAUACGAACCAUGCCGGUUUGAACGCAGUAUUCCCAAGAUACAACAUCCGCUCUUCAUCAGAACUAAAAGUUAUAUUCUGUGAAAGCAUUUACUUCGAGACCACUUAAAAUUGUCACAUUUAGAGUGAAAAUUGAGCUUUGUUCUAGUGUUUGCAAAAUCUUAAAACAGAAAUGUGACACCCAAAUUAAUUGUAGCUCAGUACUCAGCGUAUUUACCUAUUGGUUCAUACUUGGUCAUAACAACGUGGAAAAAAAUAACACCUACUCAAAUUGCAAAUGUGCUGCAAAUAAUCGAGUACCUGCAAAGUUUUCAACCAACAACACAAUACCCAAGAUAGAAUCAGUACAUUUUAUUUGCUACAACAUACGUGAAUUGCAAAACUAAACGCGAAGAUGGUUUUAAAGGAAAAGAUGAAGCAACGGAAGGGGUACGAUGUGACGAGUGUCGACAAGAAUGGGGGGGACACCAAAAGCUUGGAGAUGGACGAUCUUGGUCCUGGGAGGAAAAUUCAGAUGCGAGACGACGACAAAGUGGAACUAAAACGAAACGUAACCUUGGUCAACGGCGUGGCCAUCAUUGUUGGAUCAAUUAUUGGGAGUGGCAUCUUCUUGACGCCCACGGGAGUGUAUGUUUAUGCGCAAGAUGCAUAUGGCGCAAUUGCCGUUUGGACUCUGUGUGGAGUAUUUUCACUUAUCGGAGCCUUGUGCUUUGCGGAACUAGGGACAUGUAUUACAAGAUCCGGUGGCGACUAUGCAUAUAUUCUUGAGGCAUUUGGAAGCAUUCCUGCUUUUUUAUGUUUAUGGGUCACAGUUCUGGUUAUUCGCCCUACAACAGCCACGGUGGUUGCACUAACAUUUGCCGAAUACGCCAUCAAACCAUUUUUCCCAAAUUGCGAUCCUCCACCUUACUCCAGAGAACUCUUGGCAGCAGGAUGUCUUUGCUUGUUGACAGCGGUAAAUUGCUUAAGUGUGAAGGUGACAAUGAAGAUACAGGACAUAUUCACCCUAGCAAAGUUACUGGCUCUUGGUUUAAUCAUUCUGGCUGGGGUAAUUCAUCUCAUCAGAGGAUUUACUAUGGACAGCAUAAAUCUCAGCAACAAUGUCUUCUCAACACCCUUCGACUUUAAAGGAAAGGAAUACAACUACAUGGACCUCUCUUUGUCAGUGUAUAAUGGUUUAUUUGCAUAUGCGGGAUGGAAUUAUCUUAACAUGGUCACGCAAGAGCUUCAGGACCCCUACAAAAAUCUCCCUCGAGCCAUCUGGAUUGGAUUACCUCUAGUGACAGGAAUAUACGUUUUGGCCAACAUUGCAUAUUUCAUUGUCCUGACCCCACAAGAGAUGAUCCAGUCCCCAGCGGUCGCUGUGUCAUUUGGAGAGCACACCUUCCGAAAGAUACAUGUCGAGUGGAUCAUUCCAAUUUUUGUGGCAAUGUCCACUUUUGGAGGAGUCAAUGGAACCCUUUUCACAUCUGCGAGAUUGUUCUUUGCAGGAGCAGACGAUGGACAGAUCCCCCAAAUUUUCAGUUGCAUACAUCCAAAAUACUUUACUCCGAUUCCUGCUCUUCUCUUUCAGUGUGUCAUCGCCGUGUUACUUUUGGCAGUGGGAUCAAUUUACGCGUUGAUAAACUACGUUAGCUUUGUCCUCUGGGUGUCAACUGGCGUCGCUGUCGCAGCAUUGCUUGUCCUCCGAAGAAGCAAACCCAACAUCCCGAGACCAAUCAAGGUGUCUCUCAUACUUCCGUACGUGUACAUCAUCUGCACCAUGUUUAUCAUUGCCUGCUCCGUCGUGGCUGAUCCCACGAGCACAAUGUACGGAACGUUGAUUACGUUGACUGGAAUCCCGGCGUACUUCCUUUUGCAAUGGGGAAGUAAAGUGACCCCAACCGGUGCAAAACAAUUCACGGUUUUUCUUCAAAAAUUUAUGAAUGUAGUUCCACAGGAAAAAGAAGAAACACUUCUGUAAGGCGUGGUGAGUAAAUAUUAAAAAUUGGAAUCUCACCAUAAAAAACUGACCAAAGUAGUUUAAUUCAAUUAGUAAAACAUAUAAAAUAUAGUCUGCAAUGAUGCUAAUAUUUGUUAAAUUGGCUACAUAAAUUAAAAUGUAAAAUUGUUCAAUGAUGUUCUACACAACCAUACAUAUAAUCUGACUUAGAUUAUCCAAGCCUGCAUAAACAUGUUUAUGACGUAGCUUUAACAUAACGAUUAUAGACUUGUUAGUUUUUUAUUAUUUAUUUUUGUUAAUAACUAUUAUUCUGGAAAUGACUGGUGAACGCGGGGCCAAAAAUGUAACAAUAAAAUAAACUCUGACAUAGUA